AUGAGAGCAGUCAGCAUCCUAACCGUCGUCUUUGUCCUGACGGCUUGUCUUCUGAGGAGCAGUGAGGCGGUGACCUGUACCGCUGAUCCCACCGUCACUGGCUGCAUUAACUGCACCGACAAUCCCACGGAUGCUGAGUGCGUGGCCGAAGCCGCAGCCACCACCACCACAACGACCACAACGACCACAACCACUGUGGCAACCGAUACGGCGACAUCAAACAGUACAGUGGCCACCACUAAGUCCUCAAGAAAGCGGAAGAUCAUUCGUAUGAGCAAUGUAUACUAUAAAUCCAAACGUCGCAUCCGCGUGAAAAGGGGAAGCUCCACCACUGGCAACACUCUCCGCAACCAAAGGCGCAGAAAAAAUUCAAAACGUGGCAACGUGAGGAGGGGCAACGGAAACAUUCGCGUCAUAGUCGUUUAG